AUGGCGAAGCUUAAAGAGAAUUCCUUUACACCGGCACCUGGAAACUUCCCGGCCAAGGGCGACGGCGAUUAUGCUGGUGGUAUCUUCUGCAUUCCCCUCUCGGAUCUUCCAAAGUACACCCCGGGUGGGGUAGGAACACAACCUGGCAGUGAGGCUCCAAAAGGAACCGGCCAGAAAACUUCCGGCUCAGGUCCCUAUCCCGCACACAUGACCACUGACCCGACGCUGCCUGGACACACCAUCUUUGCCCCCAAGACCGCUCCACCAUCAAACGUCUCGCUCCCCUUUAUCGCCUGGGGAAAUGGUGCAUGCUCGCUGGAUGCUGCCCAAUACCAGAAUUUCCUUGUCGAAAUCGCGUCCUACGGAUAUAUGAUUGCCGCGGACGGAACACCAAACAGUGCGUCCAGCGCACAAUCCAAGGUCCAGGACAUGAGAGACAGCCUGGAUUGGGCAAUGGCUGGAAAAGCGAGCAAGUAUGGAAACGUCGAUCUCACUAAGAUUACCACUGCGGGGCAUAGUUGCGGUGGUCUGGAGGCGAUGAGUACGGCGUACCACGACGAUCGCGUCAAGAGAAUCAUGCUGUUUAACAUCGCCAUUUUUCAGGAUGACCGCCGCUAUCUUCUCCAGGAGAUCAAGGUACCUGUUGCGUACUUCAUCGGAGGGAAGAACGAUAUGGGUUACAACACUUCCGCCAAAGACUACGCGCUGUUGAACGCAGGUCUGCCCAAGCUCCGUGCUAACCUUGACACUGGCCAUGGUGGCACUUUCUCAGCUACGAACGGUGGCAAGCAGGGCAAAGCAGCUGUAGCAUACCUCAAUUGGCAGUGGAAGGGCAACACUACCGCUAGGGACAUCAUUCUGGACCCGAAGAGCCCCAGAAGCCUUGUGAAGGAUAAUUGGAUUGUUGAGCACGCCAACUGGUCGUAA